UCGACGUCAACCUAAGUCUGAGAGAAGAAAAACAAAAAGAAAACGAAAAGCAUUCGCAAAUCGUCGAUCGGAGAAGAUGACGUCUCCGUUUCCUUUAGAAUCUCCGACUGCCGAGUCUGUCCGUGGGCAGAUGGACUCUUGGUGUCGGGGGCAGAUGGACUAUCGGGAUCAAGUGAGAGAAGCUGGGUUUUUCGAUUUGGAGAAAAUCUCAGUAUCACAAGGUACAACUGGAUUGAUGCCUUUCUAUUGUGAUCUUAAUUAUCCUCAUCCUGUCUUGGUUAAGCGUUAUGCUAGAUUGGGGAUUGAUCGUUACAACAUGUCCCAUGGGACAAACUUGCAGCUUCACCACCUAAAGAAGUUCAACAAGACAAUGAAUUGUCAGGCCAGUUACUACAUUACUUUGGCUGCUUGCGAUCCAGCAAACAUUGAUCCUGCUUCACUCGUUACACUUCAGGUUGGAGUUGCUGAAGGAUCUAGUACUGCCCGUUGCAGUUUGAAUUUGUCGUGCUUUAUUGCUAAGCCUCAAGGUACCCCGACUGACCUCCUUCGUAGUUCUGGAAUGGUGGAUGAUAAAGUCCAAUUGCCUUGUUGGCCGUCAGAUUUCAGUGAUACUCAACGAUUUUACGAGGUUAUAGUUAGAAGAGCCUUCAAUGACCGUACUGGAUGCUUGACUGCCCAUGGUGGGUAUGGCUUUUCCAUUGGAGAAGUAGCUGAGGAGCAUCAUGUAUCCCGCCCACGCCAUUAUACUGAACCAGGUGCUCUCAUCCCUGACCAGGAUCCUAGUAGCUAGUCCACCACCACUGAGGAGUACUGUUUUCUCGAGGAAGGUGUCUUGUCUUGAUUGACUAUCGACAAGAUCCUGAUAGAAUCUAGAUGGAACCUUAUCAGAUCCAUUGGGAAGAUAUCUAAUCAUCAAAUAAAUAUCCCAAGUUACUUUUGCCUUGUGUGGAUUUGGUUUCGUUGUUUGUUUUUUUCUCUCUCUUUUCAAGUGUCUAUUGUUUUUGAAUACAAUUUAAGUUAAUCAUUAUUGAUGUCUU